AUGAAGAUUGCUGUGUCGACGCUCAGUGUUUCGGGCUUAAACUGGAGCCCGCGCUCGACCCGGUCCCUGCCUCUGCCCCUGCCUCUGGUCAAUAACUACUCCUGGUGCUCCAGACCUUCAAGGACCCAAGCCCAGGUUCAGCGGACUUGCACCCGUUUCCUAUCGUCGACCUGGAUUCAGGCCGGCCCUGGACCGAUCCGUGAGAAUACACGACGGCCUCCAUCCGCGAAAAUCCUUACGCCACGAUGGCCAUCGUCGCUGUCAUGGAGUCGUGCAACAUCCACGCAGAGACUCACCACCAACCAGGACACGCGCCUGGUAGACUCGGCGCUCGACGCCAAGAACGGCAAGAUCACAUGUGUCUAUUUCGACAAGUCUGGCCGCGUGGACCGCGAGCACAAACAGAAACCCCUACAGCUUACAAAGGCGGAGAUCGCGGCCCAGUUCGAGCUCCGCCACCGCGACCUCCGCGAUAUUGACCUGCGGAGCGAGGGAGUCACGCGCAUCCUCGUCCGCCCGUCGACCAUCCUGCUGCAGUUUUUCCAACUCUGCAUGAUCGUGCAGGCGGACGAAGCGCUUCUCAUCAACAAUGCUGCUGCUGCGGUAGGGUCGAAGGCAGAUCCGAACGAAGAUGACGAUGGCCUCGCCGCCGACAUUGACACCGUCACGACGGACAGGAAAGACGACUCUGACCGUGACCAAGCCCAAGCCCGCCAGCAACAGCAGUUCUACAACGACUUCGAGCAACGCAUGUCCGCCCCGACGGCCGAGACGGCCGACAUUCCCGAACUGCCGUACGAGUUGCGUGCCGUCGAGGCGGCGCUCGUGGCCGUGCUCACUUCGCUGCGCGGGGACUUCGUCACCGCACGCCACCAGGCCGAAGAGGCGGCGCGCAGCCUGCGUCUCGACUCGGGCGCCGGCUCCAUCGGGCUGGACCGCGUCUUCGAGCGGACUCGGGCGCUCUCCAAGAUCGAACAGAAGGCCCGCCUGGUGCGCGACACGAUCCGCGACGUCCUCGACGCCGACGACGACCUCGCGGGCAUGUACCUGACGGAUCGGCUGGCGGGGAAGCCGCACGACGUCUCGGACCACCAAGAGGCCGAGUACAUGCUCGAGGCGUACCACAAGGCGGCCGACACCUUGGUCGAGGCGGCGCAGGCGGUGAUUGACAUUCUGCGCAAGAAGGAAAACACGUUCCGCUCGUCCUUGGCCGUGCAGCGCAAUCAAAUCAUGUUCCUCGAGGCGAGGAUUGCCAUCCACACGCUGGGCCUCGCCGCGGGCACCAUGGUCGCCGGCCUGUUCGGCAUGAACUUGGUGAAUUACCUCGAGGAGGCCCCCUACGGCUUCUUCUACAUCACGGGCGUGUGUAUCGUGCUGAGCUCGCUGUUCUCCAUGUACGGCAUGCGGAGUUAUUGGCGCAUCCAGAGUCUGAAGGGCAUCCAGCGGUCCAAAGUCGGUGGUCUUGGUCGGCGUCGGUGGGUGAGCUGA